UCCUGCGGCGUAGCGGCGGGACGGGUUCCGCCCGUGAUGUCCCCCGGGCAGCGGGGGAAGGCGACUCACUCGAGCGCUGCGGCAGAGGCCUAGUGCGGCCAGCGCCGCUCGCGUCCCAUGGCCGAGGAGCAGCAGCCGGAGGGGGGGCAGCCGCCGCGGCGGCUCGCCGGCACCCCCGCGCCCGGCGGGGCCCUGCCGGCCCUGGUGCCGGGGCUGCAGGGCGGCGAGGCCAGCGCGCUGCAGCACAAGAUCCGCAGCUCCAUCUGCAAAACUGUACAAUCUAAAGUGGACUGCAUUUUGCAAGAAGUUGAGAAGUUUACAGACCUAGAGAAACUCUACCUCUACCUUCAGCUGCCUUCGGGUCCCAACAAUGGAGACAAAAGCGAUCAGCUCUCCAUGUCGUCCAGCCGUGCCCAGCAGAUGCACGCCUUCUCCUGGAUACGCAACACCCUGGAAGAGCACCCCGAGACGUCCCUUCCCAAGCAGGAGGUGUAUGAUGAGUACAAGAGCUAUUGUGACAAUCUUGGCUACCACCCAUUAAGUGCUGCUGACUUUGGAAAGAUCAUGAAAAAUGUCUUUCCAAAUAUGAAGGCCCGUCGUCUAGGCACAAGAGGCAAAUCAAAAUAUUGCUACAGUGGACUGAGGAAGAAGGCUUUUGUGCAUAUGCCAACACUGCCCAACCUUGACUUUCAUAAAACUGGAGAUGGGUUGGAUGGAGCAGAGCCAUCGGGGCAGCUGCAAAGUGCUGAUGAGGAGGUCGUGUCUGCAGCCUGCCGGCUUGUUUGUGAAUGGGCCCAGAAAGUGCUGAGCCAGCCUUUUGAUACAGUCUUGGAACUGGCUCGUUUCCUUGUCAAAAGUCACUAUAUUGGUACCAAGUCCAUGGCAGCUUUAACAGUAAUGGCAGGGGCACCAGCAGGAAUAAAAGGGAUCCCCCAACCCUCAGCUUUUGUACCUACUGCUGAAAGUAAUUCUUUUCAACCACAAGUGAAAACCCUGCCAUCUCCUGUUGAUGCUAAGCAGCAGCUGCAGCGUAAGAUCCAGAAGAAGCAGCAAGAACAGAAACUGCAGUCUCCUUUGCCAGGAGAGUCUCCAGUAAAGAAAACAGAAGGCACUGCAAGCAAUGGCGUGACCAGUAUAUCUAAUGGAAAUCCUGCCAUUCUGUCCCCUCCACCUAUUGGCAUUGUUGUGGCUGCUGUCCCCAGCCCCAUACCGGUGCCAAGGACCAGGCAGUUGGUGACAUCUCCAAGUCCUAUGGGAUCGUCUGAGAGCAAGGUCCUGCCGCUCAAUGUUCAGGUGGUCACUCAGCACAUGCAAUCAGUCAAGCAGCCGCCAAAGACUCCCCAGAACGUUCCUGCCAGCCCUGUUGGUGACCGCUCUGCCCGGCAUCGCUACCCGCAGAUCCUACCCAAGCCAGCAAACACCAGUGCUCUCACCAUCCGCUCUCCCACCACGGUGCUAUUUACCAGUAGCCCAAUCAAGACUGUUGUGCCAGCUCCACAUGUGAAUUCCUUAAAUGUGGUAAAAAUGACAGCAAUAUCUCUUGCCCCGAGCAGCAGUAGUGUGCCCGUCAAACAGACGCCUUCAGUUAGCACUAGUGCAGGAGCAGUGGAAGAAGGGAGGACUGGUCCACAGAUCAAAAAUGGAUCUGUUGUUUCACUUCAGUCUCCAGGAUCCAAGCCUAGCACUGCUGUUGCUACACCUGCAGUCAAGAUCAAAACGGAACCAGAAGCAUUGCUGGAUGAGAACUCUGCGCAGGGCCAAGAGAGCUCUGACAUGUCUAAAUCCAUAAAGGCAACCCCUGACCUGCCUCCUGCACAGCUAGUGAAUUUUGAGGUUGCAGCCUUGAAGGUUUCAACAGAUGAUGUCAUGGAGCUAAAACCAGGUAAGGGCUGUGAUCAGGAAGCUGAAGAAGCAGGGACCAAAUAUAAGACACAGUCUGAUGAAAUCACACCAGUUUCUUCAGCAGGCAAUAAUCAAAGCACUCUUAAGAUCACAGUUGCCAGUCAAAACUUGUCCAGCACCAGCAUCAAUUCACCUCCUACUGGUGAGUCUAUGAUUAAAGACAAAACAUGCACUAAAAGUCCAAGAAAGCGACAACCUUCCACACUUCAGGAUUCCCAGUUACCACCUGUAAAGAAACCACUAGUGGAGCAGUUUGCAACUGGUAAUGCUGUGGACAGUCAAAAAGCUAACAAUGUUAAGAAGGCUCUGAAGGUUGGAUCAUUAGCUAAUAGUGACAAUACAGCAACACUUGCUCAAGUUCCCAGCAAGGUACCUGUGACAGUACCUGUACCUUCUACAGCUGCUGCAAACUUAACAACAGACCUUUCUUUGAGCACCAAUUUAAAUACCUGUGAUCCUGCUUUAGAACAGCAGCUUGCAUCAGCAUCAUCUCCAGAUAUAAAGGUAAAAUUGGAAGGAAACUUGUUUAUCAUAGAAAAUGAUUCAAAAUCUGAUGGCAGCUUUAACCCAAAUACGUGGCACCAUAUCACCAAAACCUCUGACUUUGCAUCUGUGAAUUGUGAUCAACAGCAAGAUAUCAGUGUUAUGACUAUUGCUGGGCACUCUGGCUCCAGUGACUUACAGGAAUCCGCGUGGGAGCCGGUGCACUGUGAAGGUAUACAGCAGGAUGUGUACAGCCAGCAGCUACAGAGCCAGAUCCAGGACUCCUUGGAUCAAAUACAAGCACAGUCUUCAAAUCAGUUACCUCUGCAGUCUGAGCUGAAAGAGUUUGAGCAUACAGUCCCUCAGUCAAAUGAAAACUUCUUUUCGUUUGAUGACGACCUUACCCAGGACAGCAUUGUGGAGGAACUGGUGCUCAUGGAGGAGCAAAUGUCCAUGAAUAAUUCCCAUCCUUAUGGUGGUUGUCUAGGAAUGGCACUUCAGAGUCAGGCUGCAGCUCAAGGAGCUCCCGUGUCAUCUCAUCCAAGCAGCACGCACUUUUACCAUUCGAUCCAUAACAACAGCACUCCAAUACACACUCCCACCCCGACCCCCACCCCGACUCCCACCCCCACCCCAACUCCAACACCCACCUCCGAAAUGAUUGCUGGAUCUCAGAACAUGUCUCGAGAGAGCCCUUGUUCAAGGCUGGCUCAGACAACUCCCGUAGACAGCGCCCUAGGAAGCAGCCGGCACACGCCCAUUGGCACACCCCAUUCCAACUGCAGCAGCAGUGUCCCUCCAAGCCCCGUGGAAUGCCGGAAUCCAUUUGCAUUUACUCCCAUCAGCUCCAGUAUGGCUUACCACGAUGCCAGCAUCAUAUCAAGUAGCCCUGUGAAACCAAUGCAGCGGCCUAUGGCUACCCAUCCUGACAAAACCAAGCUCGAGUGGAUGAAUAACGGCUACAGUGGGGUUAGUAAUUCCUCGGUUGCAAACCAUGGCAUCCUCACAAGCUACCAGGAGCUGGUGGAAGAUCGCUUCAGGAAACCUCACGCUUUUGCAGUUCCUGGCCAGUCAUACCAGUCUCAGCCGCGCCAUCACGACACUCACUUCGGCCGUGUGACUCCUGUCUCACCUGUGCAGCACCAGGCAGCCCCUGUCAGUAGCACUACCAAGCAGGAGGGCUUUGCUGUUCCUGCUCCUUUGGACAGCAAAGGAACUGGUUCAUCCCUCAAUAACAGUCUGAGAUGCCGGAGUGUGAGCCCUGCUGUCCAUCGCCAGCGUAAUCUCAGUGGAAGCACUGUUUACCCUGUGUCAAAUAUACCACGCUCUAAUCUGACACCUUUUGGAAGUCCAGUGACUCCCGAAGUUCACAAUGUAUUUGCUAAUAUCCAUGCAGACACCAGUGCCAAUAACAUAGCACAGAGAAGCCAGUCAGUCCCGUUGACUGUGAUGAUGCAGACGGCCUUCCCGUCUCUUCAGAAACAAACAAACACUAAAAAAAUAACCAGUGUGUUGUUAAACAAACUUGAUUCUGACAGUGAUGAUGCAGUGAGAGGUUUGGGAAUGAACAACAUGCCCUCAAAUUACACAGCCAGGAUGAAUCUCACUCAGAUUUUGGAGACAUCCACCACUUUUCCUAGUGCCAACCCACAAAGUAUGAUCAAUUCCAGCACUUCAGUUUAUGAAUUCCAAACACCAAAUUACCUCACAAAAAAUAGCAGCACCGAUCAGAUCAGUUUUUCUUCUGGAGAUAACCAAGCACAAUCAGACAUCGGAGAGCAGCAAUUAGAUUUUAGCAGCACUGUAAAAGACCUUUUAGGGGAGGACAGUCUGCCAACAAACCAGCAGCUGGUGAAUCAGGUGGCAUCAGAUCUCAAUAACGUUGCAUCUGUCUUUCCCAGCGACAUCAGGUUGUCUUCCGAGCUCUCAGGCAGCAUUAACGAUCUGAACACUUUAGACACAAAUCUACUGUUUGAUCCAGGUCGUCAGCAGGGACAAGACGAUGAUGCUACACUGGAGGAAUUGAAAAAUGACCCCUUGUUUCAACAAAUCUGCAAUGAAUCCAUUAACUCAAUGACUGCAUCAGGUUUUGAGUGGAUGGAGAGUAAGGAUCAUCCUGCUGUUGAAAUGUUGGGUUAAUCUUGUUUUAUAAUAUGUAUGUAGCACACUGUAUCUAAAAGACAGACGUAUUGUAUUUGUCUUAAUGGAAGUGCCUCCUGCAGCAGAAACACUUGCUAUGUAUUGUGGCAUUUUUAAAAAAAGUUUGCUGUACCUGUUGCUCAUUCUUCAGUAAGGAAAAGGCAGUCUUACCAAUUUUAAACAAAUCUCUGAAGGUGAUGGGCUAUCAAAGAGCCAGUAUUAAAAUUUGAAUUUUGGAGUGUUUCCCAUUCAACAUUUCUUGUUUUAGCAAAUAAAGAAGUGGUUAAUGGCAGCCAGUAAUAACAGCUAUGGUUGAUGCUUUGGGAGGGUUUUAAUUCAAGCUUAUUAGUAAGCUUUCCAUACUUUGUAUUGGUUGUUACUUCUUAGUAGGUGAUCCCAACUUUGUCAUCCAGGUUUGAAAUGCAGGGUGCCUGCAGGUAGGUGAGCUGGUGGGGAGUGGGUACAAGUGGACCCGGUGACAUGCAGAUGCCUGAUCAUUGUGUAGCUGUCUGGAGCACUGCUCGAUGGUGAACUUUGGGAAAUCUCUGUAGCACUGGUGCCAUUGGUAUCUCCAGGAAAACGCAGAGAUGGGAAAAGCUAACAGAAAUGAUCAAGGAAAAAGAUGCACUAAAUUUUUUUAUUUAAGGGAAAUAAAUCUAUGUAGUUACUUUAUCCAUUAAUAUUCACGACAUACUUGAUAUUUUAGUUCUCAUGUCAAUGUUUUUAUAUUAGGUAAAAUUAAUGCAAAAAGAUUUUGAGCACUGAGAUUUAAUCUAGGCAUAACCCCCUAUUUUAAAGUGAUAGGUACUGUAGGUACUGUUUAUCAAUGCUAGAGAAGGAACAUGAUCUUUUCCCUCCUUUUUCCUUUUUUUUUUUUUUUUUAGGGAGCUGCUGGAGCUCAUUAAAAUACUGUUUCUAAAUGUUCCUUUUUUUUAAAAUUUGCUCUUUCCUAACCUGGUGGAGGGCGUAGGAAGAUGUUAUUUUCUCUCUAUUUCAGUAGCUUGAGCCUUUCUGUCUUUCUUGCUCGUUCUCUUUCUCUCAAACAAAAGAUUAUUAAAAUAUUAGAAAAUGUGGUUAAUCUAAAAAUAUUUCAUAUAGAGCCAUAAUACUGCCAGGCACUUUACAGAUAUACAGUAAGACACAUGAUCUUUCUUUUGGUAAAACUUCUUUUAAAAGUACUUACUGUUUUAGAAUUUUAGAAGCCUGAAUUCCAUUUUCCAAAGUGAUUUGACAGGGUGAUGAAUCUAAUUUUUUUUUAUUAUUAUGUUUUUAAAGGACAAAAAGUGCUGCCCCCCCUGGAAAAUGAGAAUUAGACUUCUGUCCCACUGGUUUAGUCAAACCAAAAAGACCUUUUGUUCUAUCAGCGUGGCAUACAUGGAUCUGUAAUGGUCAAAAGAGAGAGGUAUUUACCCAGCUAUGGCCUUGAUGGUAGAAAGAGGACUUGCAGAGGCAGGUUUUUACAAAAGAAGUGGUGCACUGAGUAUGCUACAAUACUGUCCCUUAAGCCUAGUAUAAAACUGAUUACUUUUCAUGUGACCUGACACAAAGCAGAAAAUAGAGAAGGAAAAAUGUUAUUGUGCAUUUCUGUGAUGAAUGCUCAUGAAGUUUAUGAAGGGGGAGAUUCAGUAAACCCCCCUAGAUUUCUCUAAGGGGAAGAUGCUCAGAUGUUUCAUGUGAUUAGUGUUUUUCUUUAAGUGUCUUGGUGGUCUUUUUCUUCAGUUUUUGAAAAUGACUUGAGAUCCCAGUACUGGUCAAUUUUUUUUGGCAGUGCUGAUUCAACUUGUGCUGCUGCAUUGGCACUGGAGGUGCUGGUAUCAUGGCUUCUCUUGCCGUUGCCCCAGUUUAUCACCAGUUUAUGGCUUCUUCUGCAGGGACAAACAGUUGUGCCAAGCUAUAGCACCUUAUGGGAGCCUGAUUUCACUGUGCUUGCAUCAGAAGUUUUGCCACUUCAUCAGGAACAAACCUGGAGAGUUCUGAUCCCUCCUUGAAGCACAAGGGUGUUGCGAUAAUGUAGUUUGCUUUGAGACCAAGUGACUCUUCCGAGGCAAUGGGGAGGAGACAAAGAUGCAUAGUAACCUUCUGCUUGUUGUCCUGCCAGGUGUCUGUCAGUAAGACUUGAACCAUUUUUCUUGUAGACUAAAGUUGCUGAGGGAAGGGCUUGAAUCCUGUACUUGCCCAUGGCUUUUUGAUAGAGAUGUGCUGAACAUCCUCUCACCCUGGUGGGAGGAUGGGUCUGAGAGACACUCAGCACCUUUUUGUUUCUGUUUUCUGACUUUGUGUGAAGUGCCAGCACUACUGUGAAUAGGUGAAACCUGUUUGGAUGGAGCAGGGAGGGAUGGAGCAACUCAGCUGUGGUGUGACUGCAGCAGCCCCUGCUCCAUGGCUGAGCUGAGCUGGGCUGGCCUCACCUCGGGGCACGGACACUGCCUCUGAGGAGGGCCUGGGGGAAGGAAGGCUUAGCCUAACUGCUAGGCUUUUAACAAGAUUUCUCACAAAAGCAAGGGUAGAUUUAAAGUUGAUGCAUUCUGAAUUAUGCAGCCAUCACCAAAGGUUUUUAAAAGUAUGUUUAAAAUGAUCUUUAAAUGCAAGCAUUACAUUGGGCCUAACAUGUGACUUAUUUAGCAGAACUAUUCUAUAAUCAGUGGGUUUAAAGCAAAUAUAUGUUUAAUUUUAAAAGUAUUAAAUUCGAUAAGAAUUGUUUCAAGUAAAAUCCAAGGCACAGGCACAGCUUUGUACAUUGGUAUGUAUCAUUUUAGAGAUGUUUGUGUGUUGGUGUUAUAAUUAAUGUUAGGUCCCUGUACUUAGUGCUAGUUAGUUCUUUAUGAUACAUUGAGACAGAGCACUACUGCACACCAAAGUAUGCAAUACCCAAAGGAAAAUUCUGUGAUCCUAACAAAUGGAAGCCUGUCUUUGUCAGAUACUCCAAAACUGAAUUUGAGACAGUUCUGACCCCUUGUUUACAUUAUUGGCUUCCUAUUAACAUAAAGAAAUAAAUUAUUUUGAUAGCAGUUUUUGCUAAAGUAUACCAACUAGUGAAUUUGUACCCUGUGUACAGUAUUGCAGCAAACACUUUAAAUUUGAUUGCUUGGUUAGUCCAGCAAACUUUCUGGGUUCAUAUAUUGCACUAAAAUUCUGUUGAACCUGUGGCAGGCACAUUCCUUAGGAUAAAUGCAACAAAUACGGCCCACAGAUUUAAAAAAAGGCAAAAUGAAAAAAAAAAAAAAAAAACUUUUUAAUGUGUUUCAUUAUUAAAAGGCAAAAUGUCAUUGAAAGUGACAGGUGAAAUUGUCUUAUGUAGCAAUGUGCAUUGAUCUCAAUGAGAUAUUUCUAUUUUUGAUUCUCUUACAUGAGAAUAUUGCAGCAGGAAAAAUUAAGUUUAGUUUGCUUCACCAUGUUAAUACAUGAUCACAAAACGUGCAUGAGUGUUAAUGACUUAAUCUUGUACAGUACUAGAUAUAUUCCUGUAACCACUUUUAUUUUUUUUAUUUUUUUGCUGUAUUGAAGCUGGUUCAGUGUUAACCAGGUGAGCAUAGUUAUUCACAAGUUAUUUACUUUUUUAUGUUAACUAAUUCAGCUUAGUUAUUGUUGAAUAUGUUCCUUUCUUGGAUUAUUUUUUAAUGUUCUGGUGUUGAAAGACAUUUUUGCAUCAUUUUAUCAUGAUAAGAAUUCAUGAAGUAAAUAAUUUGCAAAUAAUUGCAAUAAGCACUGACUUCCGAACUGAAAAGAAGGAAAGUGUUUCUUGUGCAGUGCAUCUGAGGAUCAUAUAAUAGUCUUGUACUAUACUGUGCUUUAUUUACUGCACCGUAAGGAAAGAAAAAUCCCUGUUCCACAUUUUCAUUUAGUGCAGGAAAUCCAGUUUCUCCCCUCUUCCCCAGUGUUUUGUUGUCUGUUGUACUGCUGAAACUACAGUAGUUGAAUAUUGCAGUAGCAUUUCAGUUAUUUUUUUUAUUGAAAGUGCUCAAAAAUUGUUUUUUAAAUGUUUUCAAAAACAAUAAAAACAUUUUAUAUUAAAAU